CGGUUGGGCUAUAAAGGAAAUAAUAGUGGCUAUGAUGCAAUUUAUUCGUUUAAAUCUGUUGGUGAUAUCAUUAAUAUUGGACGUGAUAAACGAUUUUGUCAAAUAUGUUUUGGUGCAAAUGCUGAAGGUGUUAGCCGUAUUCAUAUGCGAAUGCAAUUUAAAAAGAUUGGCAGGCAGUAUUUAUUGUUUCAAAGGAUUCUAUUAGUCCCCAUAUGCAUAGACCUGUGCCAAUGUACGCUCAUAAAAUGCCUCUAUGAGUCGAAUGAUCUUCCCUGGAACACCGUCGCUUUCCAUUCCAUCAUUCCCUUCCAAAGUGUCAUUCUAUCAACUGAAUCAAAGGCAGCCGUAAAGUCGAUGAAACACGUGAUGGUGGGUUGCAAAUAUUUGAAAACGAUAUUCCAGCACUUUUCUUGA